CCAUCAAUUCAAAGGUUUUAGAGCAAAAAAAAAAAAAAAAAAAAAAAUCCACAGGACUGUAUUUUUGGAAUCAGAUAAUCCAACAUGCCAGAUUCAAAUAUCCAGUUGUUAAUUCUUUAGUUCUAGGGUUUUCGAAAAAGACAGCGAAAAUGGGUUUGAAAAAGACGAUUCCGCAACAACUUUUCGCUGUUGCAAAGAAAAGGCCGGAAAAUCACCCAAGGAAAAGCAGGGAACCCGUCGUCAACCACUGGGCAAUCUUGGAUGAAAUCGAAGCUCCCAUGUGGGUGGAUCUUACUCUUGAAUGCAACUCCACUUACGAAGACAAGGACGAUGAGUGGUUCAACAUAAGCCAUCCGUUCCAUCAAUCCUCUGCCCGGCAGUUAAUAUCAGCAUCUUCUAUUUCUGCGGGACCAACUUCUCCAAAGCUUCCACAAUCAGUAUCAAAAUCGAGAGGCAAAGAUUACAAGAGUAAGAAGCAAGAACCUUUGGUUUGUAGAUUGGCCUUAAACAAGCAGCUUCUGUUUGAAAAUUCGAGCAGCAAAUGUUCAUCGAUAAGUACAGGAAAAGUAAAUGACAACACCUUAUCUCAAACUGCUGCGCUGGUUUUUUCGAAAUCAGCGUCUAGUUUUGGAGGCGAAGGGAGCAAUUCAAAUGGUUCGAUUAUGUCAGAAGCUACAGCUGGCAAACUCACCGAGACAUCUGCUCUGCCAUUUGGCUCUACCACCGGUGGGUUAUUGUACAAUAAGAUUAGAGAUAGCCUGCGGAAAAGUUACGUUACGAGACAAGCAUCCAGGGUAGAAGGUCAGAAAUCUUCUUCUUCAAGUAAAUCGAGUGUGGGUUCCUCUUCGAAUCCUGCAGGUCAAGGAAACAUGGAAGAAACUCCAGAUAGCAUAAACAUCAAGAAAAUGCCUCAACUCCCAACUGAGAAAGUCGGUAGAGCAAAUGCACUCGCGGGACCUACUUCUCAAGCUCAGAAGACGAGAUGCAAAUCUUAUCUAAGCAUGAACAGAGAAGCAAGUAAAACAAUGGAUCAUAAUAAGAAGCAGAGAGAAGGUUAUGCUACUCGAAAAGCUAUACCUCUAGCAAAAGCUAAUAAUUCGACAAGGGGAGUUAACCAAUCCAAAACUCUUAGUGUUGGUAAAGAAAAUCCGUCCGGAAAAUCAAUUACGAGGAUGAAAGAAGCUGAACGUCCUCUGCAAGAUCCAAAAAUCACGAGAAGAAAAAUACGCCAGACAAGUGAUAGAACCAAAUUUGUUGGGUCAAGGGACGAUGGCAGUAUCGAAACUAAAGUGAAGAAAUCGAAUAGAAUGGUCGAGACAGUCUACUUUCGAUAGUAAAUCAGCAUAACAUGUGUAUGUAUAUAGAUAGCUAAAUCCCUUUAGCAUUUCUCAAUGGAGUGUGGUAUUAGUAGAUUGGAUGAAGCAAAAACUCAACCUUGUAAACCUCCCUUGCUGUAUGGCCCUCCCUUUGGUUGUUUUGUUCCUACUGCAUGUUACAUUUGACAGCUUAACUUGGAGGCAUUUGUAAGAAUCAGCUGUUCAUUUUUGUCUUGGAAAAAAAAACCAUGUAAAAACCA